CGGAAGUUGAUUUAGCGUUUGUUAUUCUUAUUACUCUUUCAAGUUCAGUUGUCCAAAAUAAGUUAUAUCAAACCAUUUCCCCUUUUGAGCAUUAAUAAACUGGUGUUAUACGCUAUAUACUAACUAUGCCUCUAAGUCAGAAUCCCAAAGAGAGUGGUAAGACUAAAUUUAUUACUUGCUGGUUUUUUUUUUUUUUUAUUUAGGCCUAUUUACGAAUGUCAACGGAGAAUGUUGUCACAAUGUUGUUCGUUUAGCGUAGGUUAUUGAAUUUAUACUUAAUAAAUUAUAAUUAAAUAUUCCUUUUUAUUAGUAUUAGUAGUAUUGAGAAUAUUAGGCAGGCAUACUAAAAAAAAAUUCAUAAUAAUUUGAUAAUUUUAUAAUAAGUUAUCAGUUAUAGUUAUGUGUUUAUGGAAGUUAAAUACACUGUCACCAGUGAGGACAAACUGAUAGUAGGCUGUAUCCCUAAGCCAUCCUGGCCUAUUUACAAAUAUAUUAACUGUUUUAUGUAGUUCUAGUACAAAUAAUUGAUUCAUUAUAUAAUUUUAGUUUUAUCUUUUUUUUAAAUUUGAGGCCAUUAACCAGUGAUCCUGUUUUAGUGAAGUAUUGACUUGUUAUUUCCCCUUUCCCAAAUUAAUGCUUAAACUUUAAGUAGUUAACUUUAAAGUAACGGUAGUUAAAGUGAAUGUUAACAAAGAAUGUGAAAUAAAAUAAUAGGUUGUUGCUUAAUUGCUGUCAUCCUGAUAUUAACAAUUUUCAAAGAAGAGAACAUGAAUGAUGGAAGGUUUCUUCAUAUAGCAUGAUAUGCUGGCAUCCGUCCAUUACAAUGUGACGAUGGAGUGGGCUUCAGAGGACGAAAUCCACAUGGCCUAGGAUUAUUCUUCAAGGACUAUAAGCUGGUUCCCAACAGCAAAUCGCCUCUCUCCACGCCGCGAGAUAACCCAAGGGAACAUCAUUGGAUGAUACAGCUUGGCACCAGUGUUGUCGCAGGAGUUGUCAGAAUGUUUCAUUGUAUCUAUGUUAUCCGCCUUUCGGGACUCCAUCUCCGGGUUUGCUUUCAGAGUUUCCAUCUCUUAGAUGAGUUGCCAUCCAAGGCUAACGAGUCCCAUCCAACCGAGGUGCUGGUGGUGUUUUUGCUUGACUGAUAUAGACCACAAUAAAAAAUUAUCUAUUGAUGAGGAUCCCCAGCAAUGACACGGUGGUGUAUAGGACGAUUGCCAACAGUUCUGACUGGGACCUGCAGAACAGAAUGGUCAUUGUUUAGCAGAGUGGGAGAUGAGCUAGGACAUCAAAAUUUCAUCCCACUAAGUGCCAGACCAUGUCAGUCUUCAGAAGCAGAUCCACACUACACAACCCUUAGGAAUUGCAUAGCCAUAUUCUUGAGCCAGUUUCCUCCAUAAGGUACCUCAGUGUUACCAUUGAAAAAGAGGACUUCAGGACGAGAACAUUAACAAUGUGUGCACCCGGGCAAACAAGACCUUAGGGUUCUUAAGGUGAAAUCUGAAGAUCGUCAACUCCAGCGUAAAUAAAAAAGCCUAUAAAGCAUUUUCCUGCCACUUUUAGAGUAUGCAUCUUCAGUCUGGGACCCAUUCACCCAUUCAGUAUGCUGGAAACACUGGGUGGGUCACCUUUUGAGGAACGAGGAUGACUAUCCAGGCUCUCCAUGAUGUACAAGAUUAAAAAAAUGGGCUGGUCCACUGCUCCAGUAUUAAACAGAAACUCAUCCCUCUCCCCUUAAACAGUGGCAAGGCCAUAACAGGCAGUUCAGGCUCAUAAAAACAAUAACUCAGUUCAGGAACUGCUCAUUCCUGCCAUUAAGACAUUAAGAGACUGGAACAAGCUUCCAAAAGCAACAUAUAAGGCGACUACACUUGACACAUUUGCGUCUUUUGUCUCCUGUCUUCCAACCCCCAGUUCAUAGUACCAUCGCAGAGUAGCCCUUGCAACCAGUGAAGUAUCCCUUUCAAAAACCAUCCACAGUUACAUCGCAAACCCCUCUACAAACAAAGGAGCCAGAAUGAUCAAUACAUUGAUCAUGGGCCCUCAAAAUAUAAUUGAAGAAGACGAAGAAAGAUGUCUGGAAUUAAAUUUUUUUGCUCAGUAUAGUAUAAUUAUACUUCGUUAAACAUUGUUUUUUUAGGUACCAUAUAGAAAGAUAGUAUUUGAAUAAUGAAUCAAAAUCCCUGUGACCAGUGGUGUAGGAAGGGGUGAAGGGGCAGUUCCACCCCGAUUGUAAUUUUUUUCUUUUUAUUUAGGGGAUACAUUUCUUUCCAGCUGCAUAGUUUGUUUUGUGGACAGACGUGGCAGCAAAAUUCUUGGCUUACUCCGGGCAUCACUAACCCUAGCUGUAAUGAAAUAAGGGGCCAUCUAGAAAGGGAGGAGGGUCACAAAUUUUUGAAUGUGUCAAUAAGGUGUUUGCAAAAAAAUAGUUUGAAAACAUUUCUGGAUGGCCCCUUAGUUCAUUAUUUUUAAAAAUAUAUAAAAGUAAAACAAUAUAAAUAUAUGCUAUUUCAUUUUUAUUGUUACUGUAUUUAUAACUCUUUAGAUUGGAGUGCUCAAACAUUUUAAACAGGGGGCUUGAUCAUUUCCUUCAGACGUUGUUGGAUGCCUUACUAUAUUUUUUUUUAAAAUACAAAUUAAUUUCUAUGUCGACUACUUUAAAAAGUCCCAAAAAACUGUACAAGCACAGGUUAACCAUACAGGUUGGAAAGCAUUACUUAUCUUAUUGGUAGUAGGAGGAAAAAAGGAAAAAUGCAAUAUUUAAAAUGGAGAACAAUUUUAUAAAAACUUGAACUUAUUAGUACCGGUAAGCCUAUAGUGUGGGUCUGGUAUUGGCUAAUGAGAUGAGCCAGAUCUAGUUCCAUAUUCGUCACUACUGCUAGUCAUAUGGUGAUCAGUUGUUCCUGGUUAAGGACCCCUGGUGCUCUGGAUCUAGCCUGGGGCCAGUAUUUUGAGGACCCCUGCUUUAGAUUAUUAUUUAACAAUAACAGGAGGUCAUUUUGUUUUAAAUAUAAUAUUAUAGGAAUGUUUUAUAUUUCCACUGGAGUGGAUCAUCAAAACUUCCAAUGCAUACCACACACUGUCUGUGGCACCAUCUGUACUCAUUAUGUAAUUGCUUAAUUGUUGUGAUUUUUUUAGAGGUUAUAUAACAUAAAUGAUCCUCAACUUUUUAGCUGUAAAUUGUUCGUAAUCUGUUGAUUUUAAUUAAACAUGGGAAAAUUAUUAAGAUUCUGAGCAGCAUAAUCUUACUGUUUACAAUGUUAAUGUUUAGGUUGGUUCUAUCAUGCACCAUCAAAAAAGCAAAUCGGUGCACCAAAAGUUGACUACCCUGCACCCUCAAAUAUCCCAGGCAUUGGCUAUGAUGACCCAGAAUCACUACAGAAACAGGAAGUUCGGGAAAUGGUUUUCAAAGAGUCAGACACAAAUUACAUCCGUUUGGCCAAGAUGGGGGGAAGAAAAGGUAACUCUGAUACAAGCUCAUACCAUACUUAUUCUUGGGAGUAAGAUUUCUGCUUUUUUAUUGCUAACGGUAAACUGUUUAAAUGUAUGGAAAAAAAUAUCCAUGUAUUAUUGGAAAAAGACAAUCAAUGCAAAUGCCUUUCAGUAACCAGGUCAUUUGGCCUUUUUCACCAGCUGGUAAUUUAGCUGCUGGCCUCUCUUCUUUGCUACAAAAGUCUACCCAGACCAUUUACUUAAAAAAUGUCUAAUUUUUCAUUGAACUGCUACAUACUUCACCAGAUCUCUUGGCCUUCAAAGCUGAAGACCCUAGAAAGAAGUCUGCUGGUCCCGUUGGAUACCCUAGAAAUGACUGGUUCUAUCUAGAAGACAACAGACGAGAGGAUCAAAAUAAACCAGAGGAAGAAAAACAGUUAGUAUAGGAUGUUACCAUUAGUAAUUAGUCUUCAACAUUACAGUUAAUCUAGAAUGUCAACAUUAUUCUUCCAUGUUACAAUUGGUCAUCAACAUUACAGCAAAUCUGCAAGUCUUUUAAUUUCAAAUUUUAUUUACAAAAAAAAAAUACAUUUUUUAUAUUAGUUUAUAUAUAAAAUGAAAAUGUAUUUUGCUUUAAUUUUGGUAGUGUUAUAUUGUUUUUAAAAAAAAUUCAAAUUCUAUAUUAAGUGAGUCAUUUUAAUUAAAUUAUUAAUUUGUUAAGCAUAUUUUGGUUUAACUUUUUGUAGAUUACAGUUGUAAUAUCUGAUAUCUGUGACUUAAAUAAUUUUUUAAAAAUUAAUGAAUGGAUGUCUUUCACAGGCCGUGGGAGUUUUUAUUGCCGGAAUACAUGGUCCAUAAGAGCUACAAACCAUCUUUUGAAAAUCCUAGCUCCAGGCCAACUCGCAGUGCUGCCCCCUACCACACAGAGGCAAAUUCUGUGAUACAAGAAGGGAGACUAGCCACAGACAAAACAGUAAAAAUACCAGAGUUACGUCGACCAGGGUAUGUUUUAAUCUAAAAUAAAAUUAUUGGAGUAGUUAAAAUAAAUCAGGUCCAAAAUUCAGUGGGGAAAAUCCAUUGAAAAUAACUCUUUAAUGUUAGGAGGAAGACAAAGUAUAUUAAGAUAAAUAAAACUGUUAUGCAAGUAUACGAAAAAUGCUGUGCAAUGGUACCUCGACUUAGAACUGAAUUUCUUCUUGACUGUGGUUCAUAUCUCGAAAAGUUUUUAUCUUGAAACCCAAUUUCUAAUUACAUCUUUUGGGAACCCAAUUAAUCUGUUUUCAGUCAAAUUAAAAUUUUAAAAAAAAUAAUAAAAUUAUAAAAAAGAACUACUCUCACCUAAAUUAGAGAAAUGCAAAGAAAUUGAUAAGGAGUGAGAAGGAGUAUUUAUAGUUUAUUAUUUAUAGGCGAUAAAUAUGAAUUUUGUAUAACAUUACAAAUUUUUAUUUAUAAAAUCUUUGGUUUUAUAUGUAGUAUGAAAAUCACCUUUUAUAGAAUCGAAAAAGUAUUUGCUUUCUUAUAAGUGGUCAUCAUUGGCUUCCUUCUGUUUCUUUGGUGAGAAAGGUUUUUAUCUACAGUAUAAUCCUUUCUUUGUUAGUACUGGUAGUGCAUUCAUGAACUUUUGUAAAGUGAUUUAUAAUGGAUCAUCUCAUAUUUUACAUUUUUUUUUCCCACCCUAGUCCAAUAUCUUAGAAAAUUAUUAUCACUGAUCUCUAACAGCUACGGUGUGAGAAAUGAGAAGCCAGCUGCAGCUCCACAAAAACUUCCCCCACGCGAGAAACCAGCCAAACCCCAGGAGUCAGAGGCACUGCAGGGGGAAAGGAGGAAAAACCCUCAAGUAGCUGUGUAAGAAACUCAUUGAAAUACCAGUACUUAUAAAUUAUAGAAUUUUCUGCCCACGAAUACUACUUUUAAGUUAAGUGCUCUUGUUUAAUUUUAUUGUUUUUUUUCUGUUGUUUUGUUCGCUGACGAAGGCUUCCUGCCGACAUGUUCGUCGUUUUGUUGCGUUCCUUUUUUCAGGUUUAAUCCUACUUUGUUUUACUCAUUUUAUUUCCUAUUUCUCUUUUAGUUUUAGAAAGCAUAACAUUAACACUUAAAAUUAAUCUAUGCUGUAAUAAUAAAUAGGAAUUACUAAUGCCAGCCCUUAUAUAGUCAUAUUAAAAAAUAUAUUGAAAUAUUGAAUAGAAAUUAAAGGAGCACUUAAUAACAUUGCAGUGCAUGUUAAGAAUUAAAACAAACUGAUUCGUAAUUGUGGUUUACUACUCAAAUUAGUUACUACCCUGUCAACAGUUGCACUGCCAGUUUUGAAUGUGUGUCUUGUACAUUGAAACUUCUUUCUUUUCUAAAUCCAGUGAAAAUCCAUACAAAAGCCAUUAUGGCCAUGCACCUCUGAAAACUUAUAAAAGUAAAAGCCACACAAAGUAUAGAUAUACUGUACAGGUAGGCACAAAUGCCCUUGGCACACACCAUAAAAAAAGUCUCAUAAAUUAUGUCGUAGCAGUUUUUUUGUAGUUAUUUUUCUUUUACAUCAAAUUACAUUGCUCAGAGCAACAGAGAGGGAUGAGCCAACCAGUAUGUCAAAGCUUUUAUCUGGCGAAUAUGAGAGGGAGUGGUAUUCAAAACGGGCAGAAGUACAGUUUCAUCACGAUGGGGGUAGCCACAAUGACACAUCUGAAAUUGAACAAAACUAUGGUGCUGAGAAAACACAGCUGUCCUCUGGUCACCACAGGUGAGAAAUUCUUCUGCCUUGUGUUCUGUGAGAUGGAAAAUAAGCCAUGUCCUUAGAUGCUUACUUUAUUUUCCUAGACAGUAGAGUAUGUGAUGCCCAGGACUGUCCUUUGUUUUACCACUCAUAAUUAAAGGGAAACACAAGGCAUAUAGACUAAGAUAUUUAAAAGUACUGCCCCCUCCUAAACCAGUAAUCCUAGUCAUCUCUAUGAGUAAAAGCUACCUUUGUUAUAACAAGUUGAAAGUUGUCAGAUUUUGAAUCAGACUUGGAUGUUCUUGCCUUAAAGAAAGAGGUGGUUAACAUCUUGAUAUCCAAGUGAAUAUGGAGUUUAAAUUAUUUUUAUUUUCAAUUUAAUAUUAACUACCAAUAUAUCUCCUUUUUUAAAAUUUAAAUGUUAUAUUAUUAUUAUUUUAUUAUGUAAUAAGUAAUAGUUUACCAUUAUAAUUAAAUAUUAUAUUAGUCUCAUAAAUUUAAUUUAAUCCUGAUAGUAGUUAAAGUUAAUCCAUGAAAAAAUAGUCAAUCUGCCAACACUGACUAUGUAAGUUGGGAACUAAGUUAUUAGUUAUUAGGAGAUCUACAGAGUGAUGUAUGCCUAAUAGGUCAUGACACAAAAUGGUGUGGUCACUCUCAAGAGAUUAUCUCGAUAUUGAUUUCUAAUGUUAAUUUACACAUACACAUUCACUUGAUUUUGAACAUGUAUGGGGUGUUUUUGUCUGUUCACAGAAACCGUGCAAAGAAGGGGUAUAUGACCUCAAAGCAUUGUGCACUUGACAUUUUUGUUAAAUUCUAUUAUGUUAUGUAUUAUGUUUUAUUAUUAUAUUAAACUAGAAAUAACUCACCACACAAUGGCAGCAGCAAUGCAUGAACUUCCAAUCUACUAAAGUUAUUUGACAAAACAUCAUUUAAAUGAUUCACUUUAUAAGAAUCCCAAUUGGUGCUAACUUCUGGGAAUUCAUUUUUUGUUGCACCUAAUGAAUACAGCGUUUAAGUCAUGCAUACAAACCUAGAGAAUUGCUAUUUAUGAUUGUUAUAUUUUUUAUUAUGAUGUUUUAUAUUUAGUUUCAGUAUACUUUUGUGUUGCUUUAUUUUAUAUAAAUAAAUGAAUUAUUUUCCAUUACCUUAUUACCUGUUGUUCAAAUAUAUUUUUGGCCUAUUAAAAAUCUGUUUCCUAUUUUCAGUGAGCCAAUGACAAAAUUUAAAUUUUGCUUGUUAGAUUUAAUAUCUAAUUAAAUUUCAAUUUCAAUUCAGCCUCAACAUUUUAGUGACACUCACACAUAAUAAUGUUAAAAUUCUGACUUAUAUUUUAGACGAGGCAGAUCUGAUCUCCAACCGAACAACACACAGAGAAUGAGGACACACGAGGAUGAGGAGAGGGAACCAUUCAAACUUUCAAGGUAAUUAUAGACCAUUUACAAUGGUUAAUGCUUACCAUAUCAAUUAUCAGUUAGCUGGUUCCAAGAUGGAGAAACACAGUUCCCCCCGGGUGGCAGGAAACUUACAUGAGUUAAUUUGAUAUUUUUUAAAGGGAAAUUAUUUUUAAGUUUAUUAUCAGUGCAGCUGUUUUCUACUUACAUAAAAUAAUUUAUGUACCAGUAUUGUUAUGUCCUGUUGGUCUGCUAUUUACCCUUGUAAACAUUUUAAUAAUAUUUUAUCACUUAAUUUAUUUUUUUGUUUCAUUGGUAUUUUUUAAGAUACAAUUUUAAAAAAUUUACCCGAAAUUAUUUUAAUGAUUUAAAAAUAAAAUAUUCUUUAUUAAUUUUUGUAUCCCAGGUUCAAGAACAUUCCAUCCAAAGUGGAUUCCCACCAGAGAGUUGAAAUAAUGGCAGGAGUCAAGUAAAGUUACCAAAAUUCUCAGACAACAAACAGCAGCUGUCUAGUAUUAUAAUAAACCAGGGCUAUUAUAUUUUGUCUGUUUUGAUUUACCAGAAUUUUUGUCGUGGAUUUGUCACCGGAUACUAUAAAAGUAGCCACAUUGUGUAUGUUUCUGUUAACAUGAAAAUAAUCCACAAAGCUUCACACAGGUUGAAUUUUCUAGAGCACUUUUUUUUAACUUGACACAUAUCAAGCCCAGUCAAUUCAUGUGUGUAGAUAUAUGAAACUAGCACAAUCUGUCGUGAAGCAAAGUAUUUCUAAUGGAAGAGACAAAAGAAUAUUGAAAAUAUUUUAUUUUUAAAGAAAACAGACAUCGUGGUACGACUUUUUUAAGCUGAUUGAUUGGUUUAGGAACUUUAAAAAAAGGUUAAUUCAUUAAUUCAUAUGAUGUUUAAGAUCAUGCGGUCCCUCUUUCUCACCCCAGGGUAAUAUGGGGAAUACUGCGCUCAUGUUGAAGCAACCACCUUCACUUAUUGUAGUGUUGACAAUCACACCUGAGAAGGACAUAGUCUUUUGUCUCUUCUUUUCAUCAGUUUCUAUGUGAUGUUGAGUCUUAUACUCUUUUUUAAUAUGCCAAAUUUGUGACAUGUCACUUGCCAUUAUCAUGAUUGUAACAUUAGGACUGUCACACAGAUAAAAUAUAGUACUGGUAUUGCUUUCUAAGGUAAUACACUAAUAGUAUUGGGGUGUUUGUUUAUAUGAUAUGAAAGAAUUGUUUGGGUUAAGGGUAAUUAUGUUGUGCCGCAUUUCAGAAUUAGAAAGUCACAUUAAUUCUUUGUGUUUCAAAAAAAAAAAAUGUUAGUGAGCCAGUGUGUGUGUUGAGUGUUCUGUUGUUGUUUGGGGGGAAGGGGGGGGGGGGGGUUGGUUCC